AUGGCCUCCCCUCGACCCCUCCGAAGCCUGCUCUCGACGGCAACGUCCGCCGUGGGCGCCGCGCAACCCGCCCGGCGAGCCCUCGUGCGGACCUCCGCAUGCGCAUUCUCCACGACGGCACCGUCACGGGGCCCCGAAUACGACACAGAAGCUGCCGCCCGGCCACGAUGGCAACAGACGCCGCCGCGCAUGGUGGCCCCCUAUCGUGUGCGGCCGAAACCGCAGGGCCCCGAAUUCAAGGUCAACGAGGACCCCCGCCGGCUCGACGAAGUCUACUCGCGCAUGCUGGGCCCCGGUGGCGACAAGGUGCUGUCUGAAGAGGUGAAGUGGCUGGCUGUCACGCACAAGAGCUUCGACCACGGCAAGAGAGGAUUCAACGACCGGCUAGCGUAUCUGGGACGGCGGAUCGUGUCGCUGCAGACGUCGCAGGCACUCAUCAACGCACCGCAGGUCGAAGCAUGGCCGAGGAAAGCCGACGGCACGCCCCUCACAGACGGCUACGGCCGCGUUCCCUUUGUCCACCCUGCGCUCCACGGCCUGCAAGGCCUGACGGGCGAAGCCAAGGGUCGUGUGCUGGACAAGUCGCGGCUAGCAGGCCUGGCCGAGCGUUACGGCUUGGACAAAGUUACGAGGUGGCAGCCGAAACGAGCGGAUAAUCUCCAGAGCUCAGGUCUAGAAUCCGUUCUCAACACCUCAUUGUACGCCAUCAUUGGCGCACUUGCCCUCGAACGGGGAGGUGAAGUCGCGAACAAAGUCACCCAAGACAAAAUCCUGGCGCCCCUUGGUUUUACCUUCACCGUCGACUAA